AUGCUGCCCUGGAACGCCCGGCGGUGGGGCGCAGGUGAAGAGCAGGCGCCCAUGGAACGAUGCCCCUCGGCGGGCAGCGGCCUCUCCCAGGCCUCGGACUCCGGAGAGGAAGCCCUGGUGGAGCCAGGAACAGCCACAGAGGGCAGCCCCCAGCCCUGGCCUCGAAGACUUUCCUGGACUCGGAAAGAGCAGCUGCGGCCUCGGCUCCUCCCAGGCCUGGCUGCCAAGCAUUCCCCGGGAACUCCAGUUCCUUUCUCCCCUCAGAGGACUUGGGGGGUGGCACCAUCAAAGAUGACCCUGCUAGCGCCCUGGGACCCCAACUAUGAGGCUGCAGCAGGAUGUCGGCUGGUGUGGGGACCUAGCUGUGCAUCUGGCAUCUCCUUAUCAGGCCGGACCUUGUACCAUCCCUCAUUCUGGCCUCUGUACCAGGCAGCCUCAUGCAGGGGCCUCAGGCCCGGUCUAGCAGGAUGUUGGCGUGAAGAGCAAGUGCCCAGGGGUGCAGGGUUCCCGGUGAUGUGCUCUGAAGAUGUCUUCUUUUUGGACCCUCUGCUGCCCCGUGGACAGUGUGUUCCCCUGUACCUGUCUGAGGCCUCUCAGCAGGUGAUGGGCUCUCUGAAGCUGCUGCUCCCACGCCCGAUAAUGUCCCCCUGGCUCCUCCCCACUUGGACUUCGCGCUGCUCCACUGCUUGGCUCAGUGGGCUAGAGCUAAUCGCCCUCACUGGCCUCCUGCAGAUGAGCCAGGGGGAACCGAGACCCAGCACCUCAGGGGCUCCCGGGCUUCCUUCUGGCUCCCCAGCCCUUGCCUCUGAUCACCCAGCUGCCAGUGGUGGCUUGGGCUGUUCUCACUGCGGGGAACCAUCUCUCCCAGGGACCCCAGACGCCCAAGGUCCAUACCUCCUCCAGGGACAGAAUGGGCCCUCUACUUCCCCAGGCAAGUUCUAUUGA